AUGAUAACGUAUCUCACAGAUAAAGUUUAAUUGCUUGUCUAGUAUUUAGUAGUCUGUUAAUCGACUGUUUAUAUGCGAAUGGAUUGUACGUACUCUGUGUGAAUAUAAAGAAAAAUAUAGUGAACUAUUAUAUACGCUUGGCGCGUAGGAUCAAAAAGUAUAAGUGAAUUAUAAAAAUAUAAAAAAUCGUGGUGAUCUUUAGUUUAUAUGAAUAAUGACGUCAAUAUGUGUUGGUACCAUUAAAUGUAGCGUAAAAUGAUAUCUGUGUAUAAUUAUUAUGAACAAGUGGACGAUUCAAUGUGUGAAUAAUGUGGUCUUCAUUCGACUAAUUGGAAAGACGCAAGCGAGCGGUUGAUGGAAGAUGGUAGUUGGUCGCGAUGGCGCCCGAUGCCGAUGUGGAAGACCGAGCGGGCUACAGGCCGGUGCCAGUCCACGCGCCGCGAGGGACCCCGAGGCGGGUGGCGCCUUCCCGGCCUGCCGCUACCCGGGCUUGGUUAGAGCGGGAGACGAAGAGCCCGGGCGAGCACCGCCGACUCCUCGACUCCCCGCCGAGCCCCAAGCUCCAAGCGGGCCUCACGCUCGGCGUGUGGGACGCCCUCAAGAAACAAAGCCAGUCGAGCCGAUAGAAGAGAAGCCCAAAGUUAAGACGAAGUUCCAGAAGAGAUCGGAGAAGUUGUACGCUGUUCUCAAACCGCCUUAUUUUAUACUCACCGUUAUCAUUAUAAUCGUGUCAAUGUACCUGUGGGGCUCGGAGCGCGCGCGCAUGCGCCUGGAGUGGUCGCCGGGCGCGUGGUGGCGCGAGCCGUGGCGGCUGCUCUCCUACGGCGCCAUACACGCGUCCGCCACACACCUGGCGACCAACGCCAUCGUUGCUCUAGCGGUUGGCUGGGUGCUAGAACGCGAGCAGGGUCGCUCCCGCGUCUGCGCGAUAUGGGCGGCGGGGCUGGCGGCGGGCGCGCUAGGAGCAGGAGCAUUGCAACCAAGGGUGCGGGUCGUUGGCGCGUCGGCCGCGGUGUACGCGCUGCUGACGGCGCAUCUGCCGAACGUGUGCCUUAGAUUCGGCCACAUCCCGCUCUGGUGGUUCCGUCCCCUCAGCGUGGUAGUGCUGGCGACGUCAGAGACGCUGAGCUGGGUGCUGCUGCGCACGCCAGCGGACGCGUGGGCCGUGGCGCCCGUGGCCUGGUCGGCGCACGCGCUCGGUGCCGCCGUCGGCAUCCCCGUCGGCUUCCUCGUCUUCACCGGAGAGAACUCUAAUAAGACACCCAUCCUCAUCGCCAGGCUCAUCUCCGCCUUAGUAUUAAUAGGAGGGACUACCCUAGCUACGAUCCAUUACGUAUUCUGGCAUGAAUUGGAAACAUGACGCACAAUGAACAGCCUUAAAGAGGCGCCUUGAAGUGCAAUUUCCUCCGUCCGCUAUUAAGUGCAUAGAUUUCGAUGGAAUUUAUGAGUACCUUUGUUGGUAUUUGACAAGGGAUAGGUUGCAGAUAAAUGCACCAAGUCUUCCUAAACGUAUUGUUAUAUUGUUGACUUUUUCUAGUUUAGACCAGGUGUUUCCAUGUUAGUUAACGUGGAAAUAUUUGUGACCUUCCGUUACAGAAUCCUUACGUUUCGAGUGUCAAAAAUUGUUAAUUUCAAAUGGAUACCUAUAUUCUUAGGUAAGACACAUGAAACAUUAAGGAUUUAUUUGUGAUUGGAAAGCAAUAUGAAAUUGAUUACUGAAAAUGUAUGACUGUUUAUACAGGACGUAUGAAUUUUACUGGAAGUGGUUGUUUGUUGGCACAGCUUUUCGUGUUGGAUAUUGUGAUGUGAUGCUUUCAAAUCACGCGUGGCCAUGCAUACUCCCUGUUCAAUAAUAACACUGCGCAUUUCUUUCAUACAACUGUGUAAUUAAGGAAAAGAUGUGUGCAGCAGAAGUGUGAUAGGAGUGAAUAGGCUAUUACUGAAUCGGUAAGCUCCAUGUUAGACUUCAGGUUCUAUCAGCUGUGACGAAAGUCAAUCUCCGAUCAGUCUAAUAUAAAAAAAUUAAAGAAAAUUUAGCUUUUGGCCAAUUUAAGUUUUUUCUGAGAGUUUCGACAAUUUUUCAGUUGUAUGAAAUGAAUUGUGAAUAAUUCUCGGCUCAGUACUUAGCAAUAAGUCUUGAUUUCUAUGAAAUCGAAUAUUUAAGAUUGUUUUGCAUCAAAACGUUGGGUUCAAAUGGCUUGUGAUUACAUGUUACUCGUAUUUAUAAGUUUAUUAUAAGAAUUAUUAUGUAUGUAAGGAUAUUUGUAUGUUACGCAGAAGUGACUUAUUUUAAUUUGACGUCAUUUUUUGCCAAAGAAUGUAAACACUUAUUAACGUAUUCUUGAAAUUGAUUGGUGGAUAUUACAAUCUAGUUAUUUGGUGCCUCAUUAAAUGUAUUGCUCAGAAAGUGCCAUUUUUCAAUUAUUGAGAUUUUAUUUAGAAUUAUACCUAAAGUCACCGUCUAUAGAACUUGUGAACAAUGUAAACAAACCUUGUAGUCAAAAUGUCUUUAAUUUCCAUUCUAACUCAUCAGAUACUGGCUAAAUCCAUGUGUUAUUUAAUCAAUUCAUAUCACAUUAUGAUCCUCAACCUUUAAAAUAAUAAAAUUGUACUAGAAUAUUGAUAUUUUAUAGAAUGGUUUGUUUACAUUGUUGACAAUUUCUAUUGACGGUGAUUUUAGGUACUUUGGGCUAUAAACAAGCAAUAUCAUGUAUCUACGGGCGAUAACCGCAAUAGUUGUAAAAUAGCUCGCUAGUAAUAUAGUAAAGUGCCUAUUACUGUCCAUAUUUUUAAUGUUUACGUUCUGGAACUUUUGAGAUUACACCGUUCUAGUCUAGUAACUUUAAGCACACUUGUAUUAGGUAUAGGCAAAUGAAUUAUUGUUUUAUCUAGUUACGUAUAUAUAAUUCAUGGUACAUAGACAGCUGUACAGUCGCUAAAUUGUCACAACGACUUCUAAAGUAUACAGACCAUA